CUCCCGCUGCGAGUGCGCGUGCGCGUGCGCGCGUGCAGGUCUCCUGCUGCGCGCGCCGACGUGCUGCCCACUGAGACGGGCCGUGGACAAGAAGGGGAGACGGCAACUGCAAGGUACGUGGUUUCUGCGCAACAGCGGCGAUGCGCUCUGCUCUGCCAGUACUGGUAGCGACAGGCUCCAUCUGAUCUGAGCACCUAGCGUCGUUUUCUUUCGCCAUCCGAGUUGUUCGGCAGAGCACGAGAUCUGCCUAGGAAAUCAACGGCCAGAGCUCAUCCCGGCAGUAUAAUAACUGUGAAAAAUAUUCAUAACACAUCAACUCAUCAAAUGAUGUAUUUAAUUCUUCUCUGAAUAUUGUGUCCUUGCGUGCCACUUGUAAGAUUAGUUUGGUUCAUCUUGUUAGUUUAGCGUACCAGGUCAAAUUUGCUGAGCAGGCAUGCAGCCGGCCGCCGGCACGGUCAAGUGCGCUAAAUUUGCUCAGUUGGAAUGUUAUUACCUCCACAUCAUUUGGGGUGGUUCCAAGUUUGACAGCCACUAGUUUAAUACAUAUUCUGAAAUUCUUGAGCUUUCAGAUUCAGUCACCUUCCUGACUUGUUGUUCUACUCUGAGUUAUAUAGCAGAUAACCGCAGCAAUGUUAGGUGAACAUGUCUGUUCCCUUGUGUUGUGUUCAUGAUGAUCAUGAGAAUCAAAACCCUGUGAACAGAUAAUCAAUACAGAAUUUUGUAAGGAGUCGUAGUUUUUCUAAGAAAAAACAAAGGAUGCAUACUGUCAAUCACAAAGGCAGGAAGAAUGUUAUAGCUGUAUCCUCCCUAUUGGUGGGACAUUCUUAAGUAUUAUGAAGAUAACUUAUUUUGGUUGGACUAUACAAUAGCUGACCUAGUACGUUGACUUUCUUGCCCCAUAGCUGCACAAUAGCACGGUCAUAACAUGGAUGCAUGCGCAUAUUUGGUCUGUGGUUAUGCAUAUAGUCUCCACCUCUUACCUCGUAGGAGGUAGUUUUUCUUACAAGGGUGAGCAGGAAGCAUGGAUCUAUGCGUUGUGAUUCUCCUAUUCUGCGUCUUCCACUUGAUCCAUGGCCAGCCUGAUGACCUAGGUUUCAUAAGCAUCGAUUGUGGCAUCCCGGUGAACUCCUCCUACCAAGAUCCCAGCUCAAAGAUAAUAUAUGUCUCAGACUAUGGAUACGUCACCUCAGGAGAAAACCGCAACAUCUCCUCAGUUUACAUCAGGCCUUCACUGGCAAAGCGCAACCUCAAUGUCCGGUUCUUUCAGCAUGGAGCACGCAAUUGCUACGCCCUGAGGUCCUUGGUGGCAGGAAACAAGUACUUCGUCCGUGCGCUUUUUUACUACGGAAACUAUGAUGGCCUUGACAAACUUCCUGUCUUUGAUCUGUACAUGGGGGCAAACUACUGGCAUGAAGUUAAUAUCAGUGCUGCAGGAGCAGUCAAAUGGAUGGACAUCAUAGUUGUCGCUCCUGCUGACUACCUGCAUGUUUGUCUGGUGAACAAAGGGAUGGGAACUCCAUUUAUUUCUGGGCUGGAUCUGAGGCCACUGAGGAUUACUCUUUACCCAGAGGUAAAUGCAAGUCAAUCUCUGGUGCUGAUUAGCUCCAAUCGGUUCAAUUUGGGGCCCACAGACAAUCGCAUAAUCAGGUACCCCUUGGAUCCCCAUGACCGCCUAUGGUCGACUUACGACACAAUCCCAAACUGGAAUGAAAUAUCUGCAACAUCUGUCGUCCAGAAUUACGUCACUGAUGUGUAUGACGUGCCAUCAGCUGUUAUGCAAAAUGCAGCAUCUGUCAACGGCUCAAGGAUUGAUUUCUCAUGGGGUCCAGUGGAUCCAUCGGAGAACAUCAGCUCCAGUUACUUCUUUGUUUUCUACUUCUCUGAGCUGCAGAAUGUACAGAGCAAUGCUGUGCGGCAGUUUGACAUCAUUGUCAAUAACAAGACAUGGAACACGCAACCUUAUACCCCUCGAUUCCUAUUUGCCGAUUCUUUCUCAGGAAUUGUACAAGGGUUGGCGAGUUAUAGUGUCUCACUUGUUGCUACAGAAAAUGCAACUCUUCCACCUAUCCUCAAUGCCAUGGAGAUGUACUUGGUGGAACCGAUAACUGAGGUCGCUACUGAUAGUGGAGAUGCUAGAGCCAUGAUGUCAAUCCAGGAGAAUUUUGGCGUGGAGAAAAACUGGAUGGGUGAUCCAUGUGCUCCAAAAGCUUUUGCAUGGAUAGGAUUAACCUGCUCCUAUCCACCAGCUCAUGCCGCUAGAAUAACAGCAUUAAACGUGUCUUCCUUUGGGUUGGCUGGUACCAUCUCUACUGAUUUUGGAGAUCUGAAUGCACUUCAGUACCUGGAUCUGUCAAACAACAACUUGUCUGGCACCAUUCCAAAUUUUCUUGGGCGGCUUCCGUUUCUAAUAUUUCUGGAUCUGUCCAGCAAUGAUCUACAUGGAACAAUCCCUGACAAUCUUCUUCAAAAAUCCCAAAAUGGAACUCUGUCGUUAAGGGUUGGUAAUAAUGCAAAUAUAUGUGCCAAUGGUACUGCCUGUGGAUCAAGUCGAAAGAAAAUUAAUGGGGCACUUCUUGCUGCUAUAGUUAUUCCGAUCGUUGCUGUCAUUGCAAUAUUUGUUGUCUUAUUUCUUCUGCUACGCCAAAAGCUCAAGGGAAAAGAUAAGAGAAAAACUACUGGUCCUGAAGAUGAAUCUGCAUUACUUGAGAACCGAGAAUUUUCCUACAGAGAACUGAAGUAUAUUACAAGCAACUUUAGCCAAGAGAUUGGCAAGGGCGGCUUUGGAGCUGUCUUCCUUGGCUACCUGAAGAACGGAAACUCAGUUGCUGUGGAAGUGCGUUCUGAUUCAUCUUCACAAGGGGGUAAAGAGUUUCUGGCUGAGGCUCAACACUUGACAAGGAUUCAUCACAAGAACUUGGUUUCCUUGAUUGGCUACUGCAAGGACAAAAAUCAUCUAGCCCUUGUUUACGAGUACAUGCCCAAAGGGAACCUGCAGGAUCAUCUGAGAGGUUCUACUAGUAAACCACUCACUUGGGAGCAGCGUCUUCACAUCGCCCUUGAUGCUGCACAAGGUCUGGAGUAUCUGCACAUCGCGUGUAAACCAGCAUUGAUCCACAGAGAUGUGAAGAGUACCAACAUCCUGCUGACCACAGAUCUUGGGGCUAAGAUUGCUGAUUUUGGCCUGACCAAGGCUUUCAGCGACUCGAAAACACAUAUAACCACUGAACCAGCUGGUACUAUGGGCUACUUAGAUCCAGAGUACUUCCGCAGUUAUCACAUCAGCGAGAAGAGCGACGUGUACAGCUUUGGCGUCGUACUCCUAGAGCUCAUCACAGGCCGUCCUCCUGUCAUCCCGGUCAGCGACAGCGUGAAUGUCCACGUCGGCGAGUGGGUGCAGCAGAGCCUCGACCACGGCACCAUGGAGAGCAUUGUGGAUGCAAGAAUGGUAGGGGACUAUGACAUCAACUCUGUCUGGAAAGCUGCUGACCUUGCGCUGCAUUGCAAGCGAGAGGUCUCAAGGGAGCGUCCGACGAUGGCGGAGGUGGUGGCGCAGCUUAAGGAGUGCUUGGAGCUCGAGAACCGUCUCGACGGGAGGCAAAGAAGCUUGGGUUCAAACUUUCCUAGGGAGAGAGGUGCACUUGAGGCAGAAGAAGAAGAACAAGGUGAGGACAUACAAGCUGUUGCUGCUGGUCCUGCAAUGAGAUAGUUUUGGUCUUACCUUAGUGCUGCAGGUUAAGAGCCCUCUUCUCUUAUCUUUUCUGAUAAAACCUUCGUCUGUCUCUGUUAAUUUCUCGAGUUCAUUGCAACACUUAGAUGAAGGGGAAAGUAUCUGAUGCACCCAGAUUCAGUUUAUACUUU